AUGUCGAAGCAACAACUGUUAGAACAUUCACUCGAAGAAUCAUCAUCACUAUUAAUAAGCACAACAACAGUUGUUGAAAAUGAUGAAGUGUCGGUGCUGCAAGUAAGAAAACCACCUUCACAACAACAGUAUGAAUUAGGCAAGGAGAAUGGACAUGAAGCUUUAAAUAAUUCAUCAUCGGAGGAGAAUCAUGAUACAAUUGAUUAUGUUCAUCAUUAUCAUCAUAAGCAAGAUGAACAAGAUAAUAUUAUAACAUCCACUAAUUCUUCUUCUUACGGAGAUCAAGAGAGGGAGAAGCAAUCUCUCACUUCUAGAGUUUCAAAUCUAAUAGAUUCAAUGCCCAUACUCAAAUCAAUGUUGGGUUGGUUAGCAUGUAUUUCAGUACAUACACUUUAUGGUACACAUCCAAUCUUUUCGAGGUAUCUGCAAUCUCAAUCUCCAAAUAAGUUUCCUCCCAUGCUAUUGGUUACUAGCUGUCAUAUGGCUGCCCUUCUAUUAUACUCUCCCAGAAUUCUCUUCUUGUUAAUUGUUUAUUUGAGGAAUAAGUGGAAGAAUAGGAAGAAUAACAAGGAAGGAAUGAAUGUUAAUACUCAACAUCAUGUUGUAAUGAAAUUGUCUAUAUUCGAGAGGAUUAAGAAGUGGAUUAAAUUCUCAUUACCUCUCAUUAGCUUCUUUUGUGCAUUGUUGGGGAGAUCAUUUACCAAUGUUGUUGCCUCCAAAUUUACAAUUCCACUAUUUGUUCAAUUGUUUGCAUUGUCAAGUCCAUUUACUCUGGCUUUUGUAACAGUAUUUGUUUAUAACAGAUGGUUUAUUAGAGAUUCACAUACUAAGGAAACAUUUGGAUUGAAAGCAAUCUUGUCAAUGAUUGCUACAUUUAUAGGAGGGGCUAUUAUAAUUAUUGGAAGUAUUGUUCCAAAAACUGAUGGUAUCUCAUCAAGUAUAGUUUCAAGUUGUUGUCUUGUUUGGUACAUGCUCUCUUUGAGAUAUAUGAAACAGGAAGAAUCUCAGGGAAAUACCAUUAGUGUUACUGGAGAGAAACUAUUCAUUUAUCAAUUAUUAAUUCUUGUCUUUAUAUUUGCUGUGCCAAGUGCAAUAUUUGAUGAUUGGACUUUGUGGGCUCGAUUGAAUUCUAAGGAUUGGGGCAUGUUCUUUGGAUUUACUAUUUUAGUAUACAUGAUGGCCAAUGGUUUAAAUAUUCUUGCAAUUGGUUUGCUUGGAUCUACAAAAGUUGGCUCUAUAAUUGCCUUGAGAUUAAUCUCAACAAUUGUUUUCAGUAGUCUCAUUUUGCAAGAAUCGCUAAAGUCAAUUUGGCAAUUAUUGGGUUGCAUUAUUGUCUUGUUGAGUGUGACCUAUUUCAUGUACACUGAAUCUGAACAAGAAAUGAAGACUGUAACAGUUCAACAAGUGAGUUCUACCCAUUUCCCAAUCCAGGAGGAAGAUGAAGAUGAUGACGAGACUGAAAUGGAGGACACUACUGAACUCAUUAAAAAAGACCCAAAUGAAAAUUCAAUUGAACAAGUUAAGAAACGUAGGGAGGGAGAUAUCAUGGUUUAA